UACACACACUACACCCUUCUUAGGAUUCAUCAGAGCGUCAGUGUGGAAGCACAGCGCCGCCACGCGGACAGAAGCGGGGACGCGCGCGGUGCAGCGGCGCGCAUGAAGGAGGAUCCAGACUUCUGUUCAAGCUGGGAGAAGCGCAGAGGAAACCUCUCCUGCAGCUUGGCUUCUCACUCACUCCCUCAUUUUGGACUUUAUUCUGAUUUCUGCUUCUACCUGGUUCGGAAUGUAUGCUUGGUAGUCCUCAACAUAAGUCAUCAGUCGAGAAGUUCUUUAGAUUCUCUGGUCUUGGGAAGGAGAGUGAGGAUGAUGAGCUUGUCGAUCCUCCUCCUGUUGUUUGUGGGUGUUCAUGCACAGGGCCAGACUCCAGCCGGCUCUUCGUGUAGUCCUAUAAUGUGUUCUGUCCCUUCAGAGAGUACCGAAUGCCCGAUCGACUUGUACUUUGCUAUUGACACAUCUGAGACCAUCGCUCUUCAGGAGAAUCCGCCAGGCAGCUUGGUAGAGAGUAUCAAAGAUUUCACCAUCAGAUUUGCUGAGAAGCUCCAAAAUGUGAACUACAGAGGAUCCGUGAACAUCACCUGGGCCAUCGGAGGACUCCACUUCUCCCAGCUCCAGGAGUUCUUCAGCACCAUCACCACUAAAGAGAAGUUCAUCAGUAAUCUCCGGCCCAUCAGAUACCUAGGCAGGGGCACGCACAUUGAUUGCGCCAUCACCAACAUGACCAAGCAGCUGGUCCGCUUUCCAUCCAGACCCGAUGCCAAACGAUUCGCCGUGGUCAUCACUGAUGGUCACGUGACUGCGAACCCAUGCGGAGGGAUCAAAGUGGCGGCAGAACGGGCACGCGAUGAAAAUAUUAGGAUCUUCGCUGUGGCAUCGUCCAGGAAUUUGGAGGAGACGGGACUCAGGGAGAUAGCAAACUCACCCGCUGGAGUUUACCGGGAUAAAUACAUGGCGGUGAAUCUCACUGGAACACGGCCGGUCAUUGUGACGUCCACAAUCGAUCGCAUUUAUGACACAAUGCUUCAUAUGGCUUACCAAGAGUGCUACUCUACCAAAUGCUUGGAGACUCCAGGACCUCCAGGUCCCCCAGGACACAGAGGACAGAAAGGAGCUAAAGGAGAUAAUGGGGGCGCUGGCCUUAAAGGUGAAAGGGGACGACCUGGAGAUCCUGGUAUUGAAGGACCCAUUGGACAUCCUGGUCCUAAAGGAGAGCCUGGUCUCAAAGGAGAAAAGGGAGAAAUUGGAGCACAAGGAAAAAAGGGUGUUGCAGGAAUAGCUGGCCGUGAUGGAAAAGAUGGACAGAAGGGAAAAUUUGGCAGGAUUGGUGCUCCUGGCUGCAAAGGUGAUCCAGGUGACAAGGGUCCUGAUGGUCAUCCUGGAGAUGUUGGAGAGCCUGGUCUUCCAGGCGCUUUGGGAGAUAAGGGUGAUCGAGGUCGUCCAGGAAGAUCAGGUCCUCCAGGCCCAGCUGGAGAUCCUGGACCAAAAGGAGAGAGAGGAAGUCCUGGAUCGCCUGGAAUUCCUGGCACAAAAGGAGGCGCUGGGACAGCUGGAGGACCUGGACCCAAAGGAGAUGCUGGGCGAAGAGGAGAUUUUGGACCUAAAGGAAGCACUGGACCUAAUGGGGCAAAAGGAGAGAAGGGUGAACCAGGUGCUGAGGGACCCAGAGGUCUUGCAGGUGAAGUUGGCGGCAAAGGAUCCAAGGGUGAUAACGGACUUCCAGGACCAAGAGGCCCACCAGGAGCUCCUGGAGAUGCAGGCAGAAAGGGUUCAUCAGGUGACCCAGGUGAUUCUGGCCCUAGAGGUGAUCCUGGCCCUCCAGGACCAAAGGGUGAUUCUGGCAGACCUGGAUUCAGCUAUCCUGGACCAAGAGGACCAACGGGUGACAGGGGUGAAAAAGGUUCUCCUGGACCCAGGGGAAGCAGAGGAGACUGUGGGCCAAAGGGUGACCCAGGUCUAAAGGGAACUCCAGGAGAGCCGGGAGAACCUGGCCCAGCAGGAGAGCCUGGACAGAGGGGUCCUAGAGGAGAUGGAGGAAGAGAUGGUGAUCCUGGACCAGAGGGAGAUCCUGGCCUUACUGAAUGUGAUGUCAUGAACUACAUCAGAGAAACCUGUGGAUGCUGUGAUUGUGAAAAGAGAUGCGGUGCCCUGGAUAUUGUGUUUGUGAUUGACAGCUCUGAGAGUGUGGGGCUGACCAACUUCACCCUGGAGAAGAAUUUUGUGAUCAACACCAUUAACAGACUGGGCUCAAUCGCUAAAGAUCCCAGCUCUGAAACAGGAACUCGAGUUGGUGUCGUCCAGUACAGUCACAACGGAACAUUCCAGGCCAUUCGACUCAACGACUCCAAGAUCGACUCCAUGUCAGCCUUCAAAGAUGCUGUGAAGAAGCUAGAGUGGAUUGCUGGAGGAACGUGGACUCCUUCAGCCCUGAAGUUCGCCUACGAUAACCUGAUUCGUGACAGCCGUCGGUCAAAAGCCAAUGUGACGGUGGUCGUAAUCACAGAUGGUCGGUAUGAUCCCCGGGAUGAUGACAAACUGCUCAAUUACCUCUGCACCGACACCAGCAUUGAUGUCAACGCUAUUGGUAUUGGAGAUAUGUUUGACCAGCCGGAGGAAAACGAAAGCUUGAAGUCUAUCGCCUGUAGAAAAGAUGGAAGAGUCAUGGGAAUGAGGCGUUUCGCUGAUCUGGUCGCAGAAGAUUUCAUCGACAGGAUUGAGACUGUGCUUUGUCCGGAUCCUGUGGUCAUUUGCCCUGAUCUUCCAUGUAAAAGUGAGCCAGCCGUGGCCAACUGCAUCCAGCGGCCUGUUGAUCUGGUCUUCAUGCUGGACGGCUCAGAGCGUAUGGGCCAGGAGAAUUUCCGCUAUGCACGUGAAUUCGUGGAGAAUGUGGCCAACCGUCUCACACUAGCUCAGGGAGAUGAUGAUGAACGCAAUGCAAGGGUGGCUCUCCUGCAAUAUGGAGAUGAAAACCAACAUCAGUUGGCCUUCAAACUAACAAAUAACUUCACCGUCAUCGCUGAUGGCCUGGCCAACAUGAGGUACCUAGAUUCAACCUCCAAUGUUGGAAGUGGCAUCAUCUACGCCAUCAACAAUAUCGUCACAAGCAGAGGCACUCGAUUGGCAAGACGAAAUGCAGAGUUGUCGUUUGUCUUCAUUACCGAUGGGGUCACCAGUAACAAAAACCUGGAAGAGGGGAUUAGUGCCAUGCGCAGAGCCGAGGGCGUUCCCACUGUCAUUGCCAUGAGCAAUGAUGUUGACAAGGAAAUCCUUGCAAAGAUUUCCCUGGGAGACCAGACGGCCGUUUUCAGGGGUGAAGAUUUUGCCCGUCUGAACAAAGCCAGCUUUUUUGAGCGAUUCGUUCGGUGGAUCUGCUGAGAUGUUGGGUGGGUUUUUUAGUAAACAGGGGGAUUGGUGUGUCCCCACAUAGAAAUCUGAUAUAAGGCAAUAUAUGCUAUUUACAUCCAUGAUAUUCAAGUUCAUAUUUGGAUUUCACAUAUAUGAACAACCCAGGCUCAUUAUUGAUACAGACCCCUAUAUACGUUGCGAAAUACAUCCCAGGAGCUACGUUAUUUUGCAGUUUAUGUUUUUGCAAAUGCACCAGAGGCUGCUGUAUAUCUCAAAUUUACCCCGCGGGUGCCAUUCGUGCCUGCUGUUCUCACCAAAAUCCACCAGAGGCUGCUGUCGACUGACUGACUGACCGAUUGACCGACCGAUACCCCCAACCACCCCCUUCUCGAAACCCAACCAAUAGUGUUUUCAAAGCCCAGAUUGACCUAAUCACCCUCUUAGCUAAACUCAAGUGUUUUCAAACGCAAUCCAGAAAAAGAAAAGCCCCCUGGUUUUUACCACACUUUGGGAUUUUACCACAUUCUCACCCUGUUAUUUACUUGUUUAUUUUAUUUUUUGCCUUUUGUUUUUUUGUUUUACCUGCUUUCUGUAUCUGUUCUUCACCGGACUCAUGAACCCCAUUGUCGCAGUCAACUCCUCUCUGCUUCACAAGUCCGCCGACAUACAAGGCGAGCCUCUGGGCAAACUGGUAACAGCAGAAAAGCUGUCCUUAUGGAAGUAAGCAGUCAGCUGGUAGUGAGAAAACAAACAGAAGUCAUCGGCGCCGUCAUACCGCCCUGUAGCUUUCAUUUAAAGAUGAAAUGCAGCUAUAUGUAGCUCUGUCUACAUAAUGCGCGCACUCCAGAAAUGUAUACGGGGGUAUGUUUUCAGUUUGAACCUAAGUUGUAUAGAAAAUAUGUCAUACAUACAACAUAUAUUUCCAAAUAUUGCAAAUCAUUGGAUAUACAAAUAUGUACAUAUGUAUUCAAAUAUAUUAGCUACACAUAUUGGCAAUAUAUGAACACACAAACACACACACACACACACACAUCAAAUAUAAAUACAAUUUAGUUUAAAUUUUGUAGUUUGUAUAAUUUUAUUUGCAAUAACCCGUGACCAAAGUCUUAUUUUAAGAAAUUUAACUGAUUAAUAAAACAUUUUUACUUAAAUGCACCAGAAAUUAUUAGUUAUAUUAAAAAAAUAGAUUAAAAAUAUUCAUUUUCAAG